AUGUGGGGUAGUGUAUUGCUUCUUGUGGUCAGCUCAGCUCUGGCUGCAGAUGUUAGCGAUUGGAAAACAGGAGAGGUUACUGGUGAAGUCGUAGAGGGAAAAAGGGAUUUUCCAUGUUACUCGUUGUCCCGGGAUAAUUAUACCUGCGGCGCAUGCAUCCAGCUGCACGAUUCAUGUGCUUGGUGUGGAGCUCCCGUGAAAUCGCGAGUCCGUUUCAAUGUCACAUAUCGUCAAGCUGUGGAUUAUCCCGUUGAUCUCUACUAUCUUAUGGAUCUCUCAUACUCCAUGAAGGAUGACAAGCAGAAACUUUCUGAACUUGGAGAUCUGCUAGCUGUUCGUAUGCGUAACAUCACGAAAAACUUCCGUCUUGGUUUCGGAUCCUUCAUCGACAAGAAACUCAUGCCGUUUAUUGACCCCAGGAUUGAGAAGCAAAAGUCACCAUGUGCUGAGCCUUGCGCUGAACCGUAUGGAUUCAAGCAUCAGAUGACGUUGACGACAAACACCGAGAAAUUCAAGGCCGAAGUCGAUAAGGCCGAGAUCUCUGGCAAUCUUGACGCUCCGGAAGGAGGCUUCGAUGCUGUCGUUCAGGCUUUGGCAUGUAAUAGCAAAAUCGGCUGGAGAGAGCGUGCUCGUAAAAUGCUUGUCUUUUCUACAGACGCCGGAUUCCACUUUGCCGGUGAUGGAAGGCUAGCAGGAGUAGUGGAACCUAAUGAUGGAGAGUGUCAUUUGGAUCGUGAUGGAUAUUAUACAGAAACUCUAAAGCAGGAUUAUCCGUCGAUCGCACUUCUUCAUCAAAUGAUCAAGGACCGAAAGGCAAAUAUAAUUUUUGCAGUCACCAAAGGCAAUCAUGAACUGUAUACUCAGGUGCUUUGCGACUGCGAUUGUGAACAGGAGGUAGGAGAAAACUUGGUUUUAUAUAAUAGCGUUAACCUAUGGUUCUCAGGAUCGAAUUGUUGA